GCUCGGGAUGCGUACUACAGCGGGAGACCCCUCGUAUCAGACGACAUUUUUGAUAUGGUCGAGCGGCGGUUGCGGUGGUUCCACUCUGCGCUGGUGAAGAAGUACCCACGCUGCAGCAUACGAGCCCUCUACUGCUACUCUGAUGCCGAGGCAGACCCUUCGCAAAUGACAGCGCUGUCAACCAUGUGGUCGUUAAUUCUAGCAGUGGGAGCAGCGCUGACAGCAAUGCCACUGGUGUUUCUGGUGGUUGUGAUGGGCGCGAGUGGCGUGGAUAGGGUGGAAAACCCUAUCUUCUCCAGCUUGCUCUGGCAAGUGGAUGGAGCCAUGGCAGCUGGAAUCUGUUUCCUGCUUGGGGCGGUUCUUGCGUCCGCUGCAGGUUUCUCCAUGAGGUGCAUUCUGCUUCAUCCUAAUCAUGGACCUCAUCGAUGCUUGCCCUGCUUACCCAUCCCACAGCACGCCCGCUGCAGCGCAUAA